CCAGCUGUGGCGCCAUGUCCGUCAGUCAGCGAGCGUGCUCAGCCUGGUUCGCGGAUUGCGCUAGGCUGCCUGCGCCGUUGCCCACGUCGAAUCCUUUUUUUCCUGCUCUUGUCUUUGCUUGGCCCAUACCAGUUCACUCUCUUUGCCGGUAGCCAUUGCUCGGACAAUCCAGCUCCAUCCCACCCACUCCUUUCGCUUUAAAUAUCCCACAGCCUUCCCUCACCUGCCUCCACCUGCUCCUCCGUCACCUUACUCUACCCAGCUACUACUACUACUACUACUACUACUACUCCAUCUUCGUCUCACUACAAAUACCCUCUCUAGACAACAAUGAAGUUCUCUCUUGCUACCGUUCUGGCUUUCGCCGCUACCGUCGCCAUGGGCGCAGAGAUCCUGGACGAUAAGUUUGACUCCGUCUCCAGCCCUCCCAAGGGCACUACCGUCAAGGGCGGCGAUAUCGUUGUCAUCAGCUGGACCUUCUCCGAUCCCAAGUAUGCUAAGGGCAACGUCAAGAUCGACGUGCUCGGCGGUGCUGACCAGGGCAGCCUUCAGAAGGUUGGAACCGUCGCUGCCAGCGUUGCCAACAACGACAAGAAGCUCAUCUGGAACGUUCCCGCUGACCUCGGCGCCGACGCCGUCUACGGCUUGAAGUUCACUUCCCUCGAAUUCGACGAUAUUAUCCAGUUCUCUCAGCCAUUCCACAUCACGGCUUCCGCCAUCAUCUCCCAGAGCGGCUCCUCCGCCAGCACCCUCUCUGCUACUGGCAGCAGCUCUGCCACCAAGAGCGACUCUUCUAUGGUUAGCGCUGUCCCUAGCGCUACAACUACUCAUUCCAAGUCCCACAACGCUACAACCUCUGCUCCUACUGGCAUGACCACUCAGCCCUCUGGUACUUCUACCGACAAGACCACCAGCGCCAGCAAGUCCGCCCCCGCCUCCACCAGCUCCAGCGCCGCCGCCGCCAUGGUUGGCAGCACUGUCGCUGCCGUCGGUGGCAUCGUCGCUGCCCUCCUUGCCCUGUAAAUUCAGCUGGCAGGCUAGACGACACCGUGGAUACGCCAACCGUGGGUAUAUAAUUGGCCAGUGUACGCAUUUACAACAUUGAAAUUUGCUUUUGAAAACGCCGGCGCGCGCUUCUUCCGCUGCGACGGAAUCGCAGAAGAUACCAACGUCUAAAAAUUUAGAUCAGCCCCUUGUGUAUUAAUUGAAAUAAUAUCUCUUUCAUCUUU